GUAACAAAUGUGAUUGGAUAAGUCUUAAUAACAAUAAUAAGACAAAAAUUAUGUCCUUGACAAGAAUAAGUUAAUUCUGUUAACCAAACACCGCGGAUCUCCAUCUUCAGACACCAGAAAUAUUUUCGUUUUCCUUUAGUUUCCCUCAGCUUUUCUCGGGAACCAAACAACCUCUCUCAUAGCCGAAAAAAUCAACAAUGAGCGAAACGGCUAACUCAGUCAACGAUACUGAGAGAUCGGAGCUGGAACCCAGCCAGAAGCGCCAAACCUAUUUCGAGGAAAACCCUGAUUCGGCGGCGAAGAGACCGAAAACUGAGGAAGGGGAAAAGGCGGUUGAAGAAGACAACAAGAGUAGCAUGAAGGAGAAGGCUUUCGAAAUCGAAGCCGAUGUGGCGGAAGAUAAGGGCUCGAGACACACCAUGGAGGAUGCUUGGGUUGUUAUGCCUGACGCCUGCUUGGAUUCUCCGGGAAAAUUAAGAUGCGCGCAUUUCGCAAUUUAUGAUGGACAUGGGGGCCGUUUAGCUGCAGAAUAUGCUCAGAAGCAUUUACAUGCUAAUGUCCUUUCGGCUGGCUUACCACGUGAGUUGUUAGAUGUUAAAGCUGCCAAAAAGGCUAUACUGGAUGGUUUCCAGAAAACUGAUGAGGCUCUUCUUCAAGAAAGUGCUUCAGCAGGAUGGCAGGAUGGAGCAACAGCUGUAUGUGUCUGGGUGAUAGCACAAACUGUUUUUAUUGCUAAUAUUGGGGAUGCAAAAGCAGUACUGGCACGAUCAUCCCCUCCUGAUGGAUCAGAUGGUCCAAGUCCACUGAAGGCCAUUGUUUUGACAAGGGAACACAAGGCCAUCUAUCCACAGGAACGUGCUCGCAUCCAGAAGGCUGGUGGUACUGUGAGCUCUAACGGAAGAUUACAGGGGCGCCUUGAGGUCUCUAGGGCCUUUGGAGAUCGUCAGUUCAAAAAGGUUGGUGUUGUUGCAACUCCAGAUAUUCAUUCCUUUGACCUUACAGAUAGAGAGCACUUUAUUAUUCUUGGUUGUGAUGGCCUAUGGGGGGUAUUUGGAUCAAGUGAUGCUGUUGAAUUUGUUCAGAAACUACUCAAGGAGGGUUUAACUGUUGCAACGGUCAGCCGCCGCCUUGUAAGGGAAGCUGUCCGCGAGAGGCGUUGCAAAGAUAACUGCACUGCAGUUGUCAUUGUCUUCAGACGCAAGUAGAAUCUUACAUUCAGCAAAUUUAUCAUGGGCAUCUUGUUCUUGCUGGCUGGCUAUCAAUUGUCAAAAGGUUUCUUUCUUCUUUGAUUGUAGAAGCUCCACGGACAACAGUCAGUUGCUUUAGUUUUGCUUUCAUGGUUGCCUGAAUUAAACAUGCCAAUAUUCUCGGCUAGUUAGGCACAGCACCGAACCAAUUAUCAUUAUCUGGUCAGAUGUGUAUUAUUGGACAUGGUAUUUCCUUUUCUGGAUUUCAAUAAUUCUUUUUCUUCAAAUCUAUUAAAAUAAAGGGAAAUGA